GGGCAUGCGCAAAAGGAAAUUUCUCUUUCUCGGUGGACGCAAUGGCGGACGCAGAAAAAAAAGUACCGGCGGUCCCUGAGAGCCUUUUGAAAAGGCGAAAGGCCUUUGCCACCAUGAAGGCCAUGCGCGUCAAGAAGAUGCUGGCCGAGAAAAAGGCCCGCAAAGUGACCAGGAAACUGAUCUACAAGAGGGCUGAGAAGUACCACAAGGAGUACAGGCAGAUGUACAGGCGUGAAAUCCGUCUGAGUCGUACUGCUCGCAAAGUGGGAAACUACUACGUGCCAGCUGAGCCCAAACUGGCCUUUGUGAUCAGAAUCAGAGGUAUCAAUGGUGUCAGCCCCAAGGUCCGCAAAGUUCUGCAGCUGCUCCGUCUGCGCCAGAUCUUUAAUGGUGUGUUCGUCAAGCUGAACAAGGCUUCAAUCAACAUGCUUAGGAUUGCAGAGCCUUACAUCGCUUGGGGAUACCCCAACCUGAAGUCUGUGCGUGAGCUCAUCUACAAACGUGGUCAUGGCAGAAUGAGGAAACAGCGCAUCGCCCUCACAGACAACGCUCUGGUGGAGAAGGCCCUCGGCAAAUAUGGCAUCAUCUGUGUUGAGGACCUCAUCCACGAGAUUUACACAGUUGGAAAGAACUUCAAGCCCGCCAACAACUUCCUGUGGCCAUUCAAGCUGUCGUCACCCCGCGGUGGUAUGAACAAGAAGACCACACACUUCGUGGAGGGAGGAGACGCUGGCAACAGGGAGGAUCAGAUCAACAGAAUGAUCAGGAGGAUGAACUGAAGUUAA